AUGGUCUCAGAGUCGGCAAACUCCACAGCGGCCUCAGAGGCGCAGCAGUUGAGAGAGCAGGUGGCGGAGCUGCAGGCCGCGUUGUCUGCAGAGGAGCGGCAGCGCGAGUCGGCCGGGUCCGCUGCGGCGGCGGAGGCGGAGCAGCUGAGGCAGCAGUUCUCCGAGUUGCAGGGGAAGCUGGCCGAAGAGCAGCGGCAACGAGAGCAGCACGAGUCGGCCAGCUCUGCCGCGGCCGCAGAGGCGCAGCAGCUGAGGCAGCAGGUGGGGGAGCUGCAGAGCCAGUUGACCGAUCAGCAGCAGCAGUACGAGUCGGCAAACUCCACAGCGGCCUCAGAGGCGCAGCGGUUGAGAGAGCAGGUGGCGGAGCUGCAGGCCACGUUGUCUGCAGAGGAGCGGCAGCGCGAGUCGGCCGGGUCCGCUGCGGCGGCGGAGGCUGAGCAGCUGAGGCAUCAGGUCUUUGAGCUGCAGGGGAAGCUGGCCGAAGAGCAGCGGCAACGAGAGCAGCUCGAGGCGGCAAACUCCACAGCGGCCUCAGAGGCGCAACAGUUGAGAGAGCAGGUGGCGGAGCUGCAGGCCACGUUGUCUGCAGAGGAGCGGCAGCGCGAGUCGGCCGGGUCCGCUGUGGAGGCGGAGGCGGAGCAGUUGAGGCAGCAGGUCUCUGAGUUGCAGGGGAAGUUGGCCCAAGAGGAGACGCAGCGAGAGCAGCACGAGGCGGCGAACUCCACAAUGGCCUCAGAGGCGCAGCAGUUGAGAGAGCAGGUGGCGGAGCUGCAGGCCACGUUGUCUGCAGAGGAGCGGCAGCGCGAGUCGGCCGGGUCCGCUGCGGCGGCGGAGGCGGAGCAGCUGAGGCAGCAGGUCUCUGAGCUGCAGGGGAAGCUGGCCGAAGAGGGGCGGCAGCGAGAGCAGCACGAGGCGGCAAACUCCACAGAGGUCUCAGAGGCGCAGCAGUUGAGAGAGCAGGUGGCGGAGUUGAAAACCACGUUGUCUGCAGAGGAGCGGCAGCGCGAGUCGGCCGGGUCCGCUGCGGCGGCGGAGGCGGAGCAGCUGAGGCAUCAGGUCUCCGAGCUGCAGGGGAAGCUGGCCGAAGAGGAGCGGCAGCGAGAGCAGCACGAGGCGGCGAACUCCACAAUGGCCUCAGAGGCGCAACAGUUGAGAGAGCAGGUUGCGGAGCUGCAGGCCACGUUGUCUGCAGAGGAGCGGCAGCGCGAGUCGGCCGGGUCCGCUGCGGCGGCGGAGGCGGAGCAGCUGAGGCAUCAGGUCUCUGAGCUGCAGGGGAAGCUGGCCGAAGAGGAGCGGCAGCGAGAGCAGCACGAGGCGGCGAACUCCACAGCGGCCUCAGAGGCGCAGCGGUUGAGAGAGCAGGUGGCGGAUCUGCAGGCCACGUUGUCUGCAGAGGAGCGGCAGCGCGAGUCGGCCGGGUCCGCUGCGGCGGCGGAGGCGGAGCAGCUGAGGCAGCAGGUUGCUGAGCUAAGGGGGAAGCUGGCCGAAGAGGAGCGGCAGCACGAGGCGGCAAAUUCUACAGCGGCCUCAGAGGCGCAACAGUUGAGACAGCAGGUGUCGCAACUUCAGGUCGCGUUGUCUGCAGAGGAGCGGCAAGGCGAGUCGGCCGGCUCUCCCUCGGUAGCAGAGAUGCAGCGUCUGAACCAGGAGAUUUCGGUCUUGCAGGCCCAGUUGGCCGCGGAGGGGCGGCAGCGCGAGUCGACUGUUUCCGCUGCAGCGGCGGAGGCGGGGUUACUGAGACAUCAGGUCUCGGAGUUGCAGGGCAAGCUGUCCGAAGGACAACGGUUGCGCGAGUUGGCCAGCUCCGCCGCAGCCGCAGAUCUGGAACAGUUGAGGCAGCAGGUGUCGGAGCUGGAGGCGAAGCAGUCCGAAGAUCGGCAGCGGGAGUCGGCUGGCUCUGCCGCGGCCACAGAGGCGGAACAGUUGAGGCAACAGGUCGAAGAGCUGCGGAACACUUUGAUCGACCAGCAGCAGCAGCACGAGUCGGCCAGCUCCGCCGCAGCGGCAGAGGCGCAGCAGCUGAAGCAGUUGGCUUCGGAGCUCUAUGCCCAGCUGACCGAGGAGCGGCAGCAGCGCGAGGCGUCUGGCUCCGCCGCGACGGCAGAGGCGCAGCAGCUGGGCCACGAGAUCUCGGAGUUGCAGACCCAGCUGGCGGAGGAGGGGAGGCGCAGCGAGUCGGUCGCCUCCGCCGCGGUGGCGGAGGCGCAGCGGCUGCGGCAGCAGCUCUUGAAGCUGCACUCCGAGCUCGCCGGGGAGGGGCAGCGGCGGGCGCCGGCGGGCGCGGCCGCGGAGGCGGAGCGGCUGCGGCGGCAGGUGUCCGAGCUGGAGGCGAGGUCCUGCGAGGAGGGGCGGCGGCUGGAGGCGGCCUCCCUCGCCGCGGCGGCGGAGGCGGAGCAGCUGAGGCGGCAGGUGUCGGAGCUGCAGGCGAGGCUGUCCGAGGAGGGUCGGCCGCGCGAGCGGCCCGCCGCAGGCUCCUGCCUGGCGGCCGCCCUCGCGCUGGCCGCGGCGUGCAAGCUGGCGGAGGGCCCCCUCGGCUUCCUCUCGGGAGCGGGCCGAGCGGCGAGCCCCACGGCGCGGAGCCCGCAGGCCGCCCGCCCGGGACGCGGGGGACGCGGCGCCCGCGCGCUCGUCGCGCGGUUCGCGCGCCCGGACAUGACCCUGGAGGUCGGGUGCAAGGUGAAGGCGCAGUCCCCGGACGACGAGGGCUGGUACCCCGCCAGGAUCAAGGAGGCCGACGGCAUCAAUUGGGUGGUCGAGUGGGACGAUCCUGACGGUGGGCCAGAGACGAACACCCUCUCGGAGGAUUGCAUCAAGAAGCUGUUCUUCUACAAGGAUUACCAGGUCGGCGACGACUGCAGGGCCAUCUCUCCAGACGACGAGCGAUGGUACCCUGGCGUGGUGGCGGAGGUGCUGGCCGAGGACAAGUUCCGCGUCAAGUGGGACGACCCCGAUGGGGGCCCCGAGACCGCCGACGUCCAUUGGGAGAGCAUGAAGAGGGUCAAGGUCAAGAAGGACUACAAGAAGGGCGACCAGGUGUUAGCCAAGUUUCCGGAGGACGGUAUGAUGUACGAGGCCGUGGUGCUCAAGGCCAACGACGACGGCACGUUCCAGGUGAAGUGGGACGACCCGGACGGCGGGCCGGAGGAGAGCCCCAUGAGCCCCAAGGACAUGAAGAUCCCGCCCAUACCCUUCGACCAGCUCGAGGUCGGCCAGAAGUACACCGGCACCGUGAGGAACGUCCGGGAUUUCGGCGCGUUCGUGGACAUCGGCGCCGAGGGCGAAGGGCUCCUGCACAUCUCCUCCAUCUCGAGGGACAGGAUCGAUGACAUCUACGCUGAGCUCGAGGAGGACCAGCAGGUCGAGGUCUGGAUCAGCGGUCUGCGCGACGACGGCAAGUUCGGCUUGACCAUGAUCGAGGGCAAGACGGACGGCGCCGGCGGCGGCCGCGCGCGAGCCGACGCCUCCCUGUUCGUGGACAAGGUCGGCGAGUGGUUCGACGGCGAGGUUGCCAACAUCGCCCCGUUCGGCGCCUUCGUCUCCGUCACCCUGGACAGCGGCGAGCAGGCGCAGGGCCUGGUGCACGUGUCCCAGAUCGCGGACACCUUCGUGGAGAACGUCAACGACUUCGUCGAGGUGGGCCAGCAGGUAAGGGUGAAGCUCCAGAGUGCGGACACCGAGACGAACAAGCUGAGCUUCACCAUGCGAGACGGAUCUGGCGGGGCGCCUCGCGAGGAGAGCCGUG